AUGGCAGCGGAAAAAAAUUUAACAAGCCCCAUUGGAAGUCCUUUAAGGGACAAAGAGCUAGACCAAUUCCUCCCCAUUGCCAACGUGAGUCGGAUCAUGAAAAAGUCCCUCCCCACAAAUGCAAAGAUAUCCAAAGAAGUAAAGGAAACGGUCCAGACAUGCGUUUCCGAGUUCAUAAGCUUCAUAACGGGUGAAGCAUCCGAUAAGUGCCAGAGAGAGAAGAGGAAGACGAUCAACGGCGAUGAUCUUCUAGAGACUGAGGGAGAUCAUCUCAAGAACCCCAAUAUGAGUAGACAAGAAGAGCAACCCCUUAGUGGCAUUAAUGAUACUAUCAUCAACCAUGAAGUUAUUGGAUAUGGGGAAAAUUGGGUGAAUGGUGGUUUUACUAUGGGAAAUUUCCCUCAACUUGGAUAG